UUCAAGACCCUUUCAUCAGCUCACGAACCUACUGCCGCUGACUGUCCACCCAAUCAGCCACCUCUGUGUUACUGGAUUCUGUGGUUACCAAAAGAUGUGGCCAAGUCGACUCGCCGUUCACCGACUGCAAAGGUUUGCCGCUGCGCAACUCACCCUCAGCGCCAUGCAUCGAGCACAGUCCACUCUUCCUCGAGUGUACAUCACCCGAAGCGUGCCACCAGACGGGCUGGACAUUCUACGAAAGUCUGGACAAGUGCAGUUUGAGAUGUGGGACUCUGAUGAUCCAGUGCCUCGAGAGGAGCUCCUGAAAAGGGUCAAAGGGAUGGAUGGCCUGAUCUGUGUGCUAACAGAGAAGAUAGAUGCCGAGCUUCUGGAUGCAGCUGGUCCAAACCUGCGUGUGGUGAGCACAAUGUCAGUGGGAUACGAUCACCUUUCUCUCGGUGAACUCAAAAAGAGAGGGAUUCGCGUGGGAUACACUCCAGAUGUGUUGACUGAUGCUGUGGCUGAACUGACUGUCGCUCUGCUGCUCUGCACAUCAAGGCGCCUCACUGAAGCAACGCACGAGGCCAAAACAGGAGGCUGGGGUACAUGGAGAACACUGUGGCUGUGUGGGUAUGAGCUGGCCAACAGCACUGUAGGAAUCAUGGGCCUGGGGAGGAUUGGAGUGGCAAUUGCUGAAAGACUUAAGCCCUUUAAGGUGAAGAAAUUUAUCUACACAGAUGUCGCCCCAAGGCCUGAACUGGCAAGUCAGAUUCAGGCAGAAUACGUCUCUAUGGAUGAGAUGGCCAAACAGUCAGACUUCCUGGCAGUAUGCUGCGCUCUGACCCCAGAGACCCAGGGAAUCUGCAAUAAAGAACUCUUCUCAAAGAUGAAAAAGACCUCUAUCUUCAUCAACACCAGCAGGGGUGGGGUGGUAAACCAGGAGGAUCUCUAUGAAGCGUUGGCCACAGGACAAAUUGCUGCUGCUGGAUUGGACGUCACUGUACCUGAACCUCUUCCUACCAGCCAUCCACUCUUCAGUCUGAACAACUGCGUGAUCCUACCCCACAUUGCCAGUGCCUCUUAUACUACACGGAAUGCUAUGUCAAGCCUUGCAGCCAAUAACUUGCUUGCUGGUCUACGAGGGGAUGCAAUGGAAAAAGAGCUCAAAUUGUAAUUCUCAGUUGCAAACAUAUGUAGACAACAUUGUAACAUUUUAUGUGAGUAGUCUACUUUGGGUUACAUUUGAAAUAUCGUGGAGGGAUUUCCUUAAGCUUCCGGAACGUCUAAUAUUAUAAGGUUCAAAUCCAACUCUGAUCCAACAUGGAAUGAAAUACUCCUAAUUCAGAAUUUAUGUUUGAGGGCAUGUCAUUUAAACAUACAUGACAUCCAUCUAUUCUGCAACCGUCCUUUUUAGGGGGAAUUUCUCAGACUUUUUCACCCUUACCACCCCUUUUCAACCCUUUCAUGCCAGUCAUGACAGCAUGAAGUCUUAAAAUUACAGCAUGUGUAGAAGUAAACAAACUAAUGUCUUCACUUGAUUUUUUUUACUUUGACUUUGAAUUUCAUUGUACCCUUCUUGCUAUCGCUUUCAUAGACAAUAAAAUAAAAACAUAAACAUACAAAUCAA